AUGGACGCCAAGAAUUCCCCUCACUAUCAGCCAACGGCGCGCGCUCUGGCUACCGACCACGAGCAGGUCCUGCCCCUGCUGGGAAAACCACCUACGUGGACGACACCGAACGCCGUUCAUCCAAUUGCUAUUAAUAACCAUCCUUAUCCCCUUCUCCAUCAUCCAUAUACUUAUCCGAUCGCAACGCCCAUUCCUGGUCCAAUACCGGGUCCUGCGCCCCCGCUGCCACCGUCCCCGAUUUUAUCAUUACCACCGCAACAACAGCAUCAACAAAUACAGCAGCAACAAAUACAGCAGCAACAAAUACAGCAUCAAAUACAACAUCAACAAAUACAACCGCCGCCAUUACCACCGCAACCCUCCGCGCCGGUCCACGGCAGCGCGCCACCCCUUGCAACUGCAGAAUCAACCCGCCAAGAUGCAAGCAAGAACGGAGUGACCAAGGCGCGCAAACCGCGCAAGACCAACAAUGCCUCGGGGGGGAAAUCGACCUUGUUCUGGGUCCAUACCGACCCCAAGUCCGUGUCGGAAGGCACCAGGGAAGAGACUCUCAAGCGCAUUCGUUCUCAUGUGAUGUCCGAGCAUAAUCGCAAGAAGCGACUGGAAAACACCAAGCGGUACAAGAGCAAGACCUGGAAGCACCUGGCUUUUCAACCGGUAGAGACAACCGCCUCCAGCUCGGCGGCGGCGGCGGCGGCGGCAGCAACAUCUGCCUCUCCCACGAACCCUUCACCAAAGCAAACCGUUACCGAGUCCUCUUUUGGGGCUCGAAUCACCUCCGAGUCGCCUCCCCCAUCUUCCUCUUCAUCAGCUUCAUCAUCACCCGAACAGCGGCAUCGAGAGGAACCGCAAAAUGCGUUGGUGGUUACGGAGGCGAACAGUUACCCGGUUGUAACAGCGGCAGCCGUAAACAGUUUCAGCAUUGACGCGCCAACGUCCAACGAACUUUCGCCUAUGCAGGUGGCAUCUCCGUGGACUCUGGUGGGUCAGGGAGGUAGUGACCCUUUCAAUACCUCGCAUACGGUGUUAACGGACCGCAUGUCGGGGCACCUCCAACACUUCUUCGAGUUGACGCAAAUAUCAUACCCGCUGCAACGCCGGUAUGGGCCCAAGCUGAGGGCCCACUGGGCUGCGUUAGUCCAACAGGACCCAGCUUCGUUGCAUGCUUGUAUAUGUGUCGCAGCAUCUAAUACUGCUCUGGAGCAAGGAGAACUGCCCUUAAGAGACCCGAACGAGCGGCGGUCCAGUGCGCUACUUCUUGACACCUUCCAUCACCGAGGUGAAACAAUUCGCCUGGUCAACGAAGGUCUUUCUGACCCGAUCAAAGCGUCCAGUGACGAAUUGAUCGCAGCAGUCUCUAUCCUUCUAACCAUCGAGAUUGCUUCCGGUAAUGCUGAUUACCUGAAGAUCCACCUUGCUGGGUUGCGGCAGAUGGUUGGUAUGCGGAACACCUUCGCAGACGUGCCACCUGAUGUUCGAUUCCAAAUUACAUGGACGGAUAUUCGAGUCGCAUGCAUGGCUUCCACCAAGCCUAUAUUCCCUUUUAUUCGUUACGCCCGUCCUCUGCAUCUGGCGCUUCAGCCUCCAAGCAAAGAUCUUGAGCUUACCGCCUCGCGCUUGAUACAAUUAAUUGAGAUACCCGGCAUCUUCGGCGGUGCCAUGUCUAAGAUCAUAUGGGACCUGGUUGAGCUGACCUGGUACUGCGAAUGGAUCAAGAGUGGGCCAAGCUAUCAAGACUUUGACGAGGAGACCGAGGACUACUUCAACACCGAAGUGCUCCACGUGGAAUACGCCCUCCAUACGGAUCGCUUCACCGCUACCGGCGAAGUCAAGGGUGAUGCCACCAUCGAGGGCUGCGUUCGACUGGCUUGCUUGUUAUUCCACAACAACGUGAUCUGGAAUUUCUACCCGGUGGUCGCACCGGUCUUCCCCAAACCGAUUAUCAACCUUCGCCUGGCACUAGAGACGACGAUGAAAGCCGGGUACUUCGAGCUGUGUCGCGACGUCUUGAUCUGGAUUCUAUUCAUCGGGGCCACCAGCUCCGGCCUGCUCCCCGAUCGAGCCUUCUUUGUGAAUGAGCUCGCCAUCGUGCUGAGGCAGGAAGGAAUCCCAUCGUGGCAGGAGCUCCGCGCGCUUCUGCUGGGAUUUUUCUACGUGGACCGGUCCUAUUUGCAGCCGCUACGGGACUUGUGGGAUGAGCUGCACACCAUGCCGGUCGUAUCGCCGGAGUGUAUAUAA